GGCUCCGCGGGCGGGGGAGGUGUUGGAGGGAGGAGGAGCCAGACCUUAGCCGACCGGAAACACCGACAGCCAGAGGCCUCCCGGGAGCCGCCGCCGCUGCCUCCGCCGCCUGCUCCAGCUCGAGAGAGGCGAGCGGGCGGCGGGGCGGGCCGUAAGAGAGCAGAGGAGGGAGGGCGGGGGCGGAGUCGCCCGCCUUAGCCCCCGCCCCUGGCCGCGGUCCCGGGCCCUGCCCCGCGCGGCCCUGCCAGGCUCGCCCAGCCCCGGUGUGGCAGCGGCUCAUGGCGGCGGUGGGGCCCCCGCAGCAGCAGGUGCGGAUGGCCCAUCAGCAGGUCUGGGCGGCGCUCGAGGUGGCGCUCCGGGUGCCCUGCCUCUACAUCAUCGACGCCAUCUUCAACUCCUACUACGAUUCCAGCCAAAGUCGGUUCUGCAUCGGGCUCCAGAUCUUCCUCCGGCUCCUUGGUAUAUUUGUAUCCAGUAUUGUUCUGAUCUUGUCACAACGAUCACUUUUCAAGUUUUACAUGUACAGUUCAGCCUUUCUAUUAGCUGCAACUUCAGUGUUGGUAAAUUAUUAUGCUUCUUUGCACAUUGACUUCUAUGGUGCCUACAACACAUCAGCUUUCGGAAUUGAGCUGCUUCCUCGAAAAGGGCCCUCGCUGUGGAUGGCACUCAUCGUUCUACAGCUAACCUUAGGAAUUGGAUACAUUACACUAUUACAAAUUCAUUCCAUCUAUUCACAAUUAAUUAUUUUGGAUCUCUUGGUUCCUGUAAUAGGCUUAAUCACAGAGCUCCCAUUGCACAUCCGAGAGACUUUAGUUUUUACUUCUUCCUUGAUUCUCACAUUAAACACAGUGCUUGUCUUGGCAGUGAAGCUUAAGUGGUUUUAUUAUUCUACACGGUAUGUUUAUCUUUUAGUGAGGCACAUGUAUAGAAUUUAUGGAUUACAGUUAUUAAUGGAGGACACAUGGAAGAGGAUUCGUUUCCCAGAUAUACUGAGAGUCUUUUGGCUAACAAGAAUUACAGCUCAGGCUACAGUGUUGAUGUACAUUUUAAGGAUGGCAAAUGAAACGGAUUCCUUCUUUAUUUCUUGGGAUGACUUCUGGGACCUCAUUUGUAAUCUUAUAAUUAGUGGAUGUGAUUCUACACUAACUGUACUGGGCAUGAGUGCUGUAAUUUCCUCAAUAGCCCAUUAUUUGGGCCUUGGAAUAUUGGCCUUUAUUGGAUCAACCGAAGAAGACGACAGGCGGCUUGGCUUCGUAGCACCUGUUUUAUUUUUUAUUUUGGCUCUUCAGACUGGUUUAAGUGGGCUAAGACCAGAAGAGAGACUUAUUCGCUUAAGUAGAAACAUGUGCCUUUUAUUAACUGCAGUCCUGCAUUUCAUCCACGGAAUGACAGACCCUGUAUUAAUGUCUCUCAGUGCCUCUCAUGUGUCAUCUUUCCGUAGACAUUUUCCUGUGCUCUUUGUCUCUGCUUGCCUGUUUAUUCUUCCUGUUUUACUCAGUUACGUUCUUUGGCAUCACUAUGCACUAAAUACAUGGUUGUUCGCAGUUACAGCCUUUUGUGUGGAACUCUGCUUAAAAGUAAUUGUUUCUCUCACUGUGUAUACGUUAUUCAUGAUUGAUGGCUACUAUAAUGUCCUUUGGGAAAAGCUUGAUGAUUAUGUCUACUAUGUUCGUUCAACAGGCAAUAUUAUUGAAUUUAUAUUUGGAGUAGUAAUGUUUGGAAAUGGGGCUUACACUAUGAUGUUUGAGUCAGGAAGUAAAAUUCGGGCUUGUAUGAUGUGUCUACAUGCAUAUUUUAACAUCUACUUACAAGCAAAAAAUGGCUGGAAGACAUUCAUGAACCGUAGGACUGCUGUUAAGAAAAUUAAUUCACUUCCUGAAAUAAAAGGGAGCCGCUUACAAGAAAUAGAUGAUGUAUGUGCAAUCUGCUAUCAUGAGUUUACAACAUCUGCUCGCAUCACACCAUGUAAUCAUUACUUCCAUGCACUUUGCCUUCGGAAAUGGCUGUACAUCCAAGAUACUUGUCCAAUGUGCCAUCAGAAAGUGUACAUCGAAGAUGAUAUUAAGGAUAAUGCAAAUAUAUCUAACAACAAUGGAUUUAUUGCACCCAAUGAAAAUCCAGAGGAAGCUGUAAGAGAAGCUGCUGCUGAAUCUGACAGGGAAUUGAACGAAGAUGACAGUACAGAUUGUGAUGAUGAUGUUCAAAGAGAAAGAAAUGGAGUGAUUCAGCACACAGGCCCAGCAGCUGAAGAACUUAAUGAUGAUACUGAUUAAAAUAGCAUUUACUAAUCAUUGAGGUUAUUUGUUUAAAAUUCAGUUCAUCCAAAAUGGAGUAAUAUGCUUCACUUCAGUGUGUAACCAAGCACAAAAACAGUAUCCAUGUUGAAUCUGUGAAUGGUUUUCCGUUUACUGUGAUGUGCUACUGUAAAUAUACCUCUUUAAUUA